GUGCGCUGUGAAUCGAGCAGAGUCGAGCUAGCGGGCGGACGGACGGACGGACAAACGGACGUGAGUGAGCGAGCGAGCGACUGACUAACUGACUGACAGGUGGUUUGACGUUUCGCUUGUCGCCAUCGUCGCCAGCGACAGCGCGGUCUGCCUGCCUGCCAUAUUGUGCGUGAUAUCCAGAGACCGAGUGUCGUCCGCGUCGUGUCGUGCGACUCGAUGACAGAGUGAGCGUUCUCAGAGCAACGAGUUCCGCGCGGAUCGCCAGCCGCGUUCAUCGUUCACAUCCCUUGGCCACGGGCAGCGAUCACGGCGAGCAGCCUUCUACCACACGGCGCCGAGUCACAAACGCGUGCAAAAUGUCGACUGGUCCAUAUAAUUAUUCCUACAUCUUUAAGUAUAUCAUCAUAGGAGAUAUGGGAGUGGGCAAGUCAUGCUUACUUCAUCAGUUUACAGAAAAGAAAUUUAUGGCAGACUGUCCACAUACCAUUGGCGUCGAGUUUGGGACUAGGAUUAUAGAAGUAGCGGGACAGAAAAUCAAACUGCAGAUAUGGGACACUGCUGGGCAAGAACGAUUUAGAGCAGUUACCAGAUCGUACUAUCGCGGUGCAGCUGGAGCUUUAAUGGUGUACGAUAUUACACGCCGUUCAACUUACAAUCAUCUCAGUAGCUGGCUGACAGACACAAGGAAUUUAACAAAUCCGAGCACUGUUAUAUUCUUAAUUGGUAACAAAAGUGAUCUUGAAGGUCAACGCGACGUUACCUACGAGGAAGCGAAACAGUUUGCUGACGAACAUGGUUUGAUGUUUGUCGAAGCAAGCGCAAAGACCGGACACAAUGUAGAAGAAGCUUUCUUGGAAACCGCAAAGAAAAUAUUCCAAAGUAUACAAGAUGGACGAUUGGACCUAAACGCAGCAGAAUCUGGAGUGCAACAUAAUCCCAGUCAACCGGGUCGUACCAGCCUCCAAGGAGUAUCUAAUGAACAGCAAGGAGGAAAGGAUUCUUGCUCCUGUUAGGUCUUAUUAUUUGUUUGUAUAUAGAUAUAUUAAUUGAUCGGUACUAUUAAUGCAUAUAUAAUUUGUACUAAGUGUAGCAGAUUGUCUCGUAGCCUGUAUCCUCCCUUUGAUAAGCAAAGUCCACUUAAAAAAAAACAAAAGAAUGAAAUAUUGUUCAAAAUGUUCUCUUUUUAAUUAGCGUCAAUUUACAGUAAUAUGAUGUUAUACAUACAUGACACAAUAUAGAGACACAUCGUAAAAAUAAUUCCGGUAAAAUGUUACUGUUUUUGACGCGCAGUGAGUCAGUAAUCUGUCGAUAAAAUGGCUUUUGUAUGAUUAUUGCAGCUUAUACUGUUUUCACAUAAACUUUUUGUAUAUCUCAUGCAUUUUUGUAAAGCCGAGUAAAGAAAGAUAAUUCAUUUAGAGCAUAUAUAAUAACACACAUGUAGAAGCUGAUUAACCUUUCUUAUGUCUAAAAAUUUUUGUUAAAACGUAAAGAACAAACGAAUAGACACAAACGAUAAGAUUUACAACUAAUUUAUAUCCGCAUGGGAGGAUUACAUAUUUGUUGUAACAAGUAUAAGUUCUUGCUUUAAAAGAUUUAAUGAAAAUUAAAUCAUGAGCGGUCAGAUUUUUUCUCAAUCACUUUUUAUCCUGCUUUAUUCGAUAAGAUAUGCACGUUCAUAUACGAGUUUCGUGAUUUCAGUUAUCUUUCAAACUAAUUAUAGAUGAAGACAAAAAGUAGGGAUCAAAAAUUGUCUUUUUUUUAUUAAUAUAUCUAAGAGAUAUAUCUCUAUUCUUGAUGAAAUGGAAAUAUAUAUACAUAUAAUACAUUUGACGUUUUUAGUGGCAAAUUAAAGAUGAAAUUAUUUGUCUUUUAUUUGUGAUAUUAAUGAAAAAUUUAAUUUUCCUUUGUAGAAGUUAAACUAGCAGAUAUAGUCAUAUAUACAUAUAUAUAUAUGUUACUUGAAUAUUAUAUGAAACAAUGUAGCUUAAAAUAUCACGCUCUUUAGCAUUUUUUUCCUGUUCUUUUUUUACCCGCGGAUGUAUCUAUACUUAACGUGUAAUGCUUUUGCAUUUUGUAUUAGAGGGCAAAAUUAGCAAAAUCUUAAUUUUCACAUUAUCUAUUAAGGCCUCACACAACAUGUAAACUAAUUUAACAUUAAUAAAUUAAUUAGUGUGCUUUCUCGCGCACACUGAAUUACAUAAGCUGUAUCUUGUUAUGAUUUGAUGAUACAAAGGUAAUAUUGAUAUGGCUGAAGCUCCAUUAAGAAGAAUAAAAGAGAAAACUAAAUAAAACGCAGAAACGAAGCUUGCAACGGCCGGGAUAAUUUACGUUUUCUUCGAUGUUGUGUGACUUGUAAACGAUUUGUAUUUGAUAUCGUAAGCAAAUGCGAAGGAUUGCCUCGAUAAUAAACUUGACCAAAAUUUUAUCGAUUUGUUUGAAUCACGGGCAAUUAUUUUACUACACACCCUCUAUCGAUCAUAUUCUACAUCCAAUAUACUUGAAGAGGCAAAAGAAAAACAAACUUAGGAUUAUGUUUCUCUAUUUUUAUCGUAUAUCCAGCAGCGUUUGUUUGAUGAAACAGAAAUUCACUUACGGUUCUCUUACGGUUCUUUGUUAUACUUUUGUAUCUUGUAUAUACGAGUAUAAGAAAAUGCCAGGGAAUAAAUACUUCUACAUGCUUUAACAA